AUGGGCCCAGCUGGGCUCGCCAUUUUGGCCGUUUCGAUCAUCCUCUAUCUCGGCAAGCUUGCUAUAUCGCAACGAAGCAAGCGCGCUCUUCCUCUGCCGCCAGGCCCUCCAGGUGAGCCCAUCUUGGGACACCUUCGAGUCAUUCCAGCCGACAAUCCGGAGUUUGCAUACAUGAAAUGGUCAAAGGAAUAUGCCUCCGACAUUCUCUCGUUCAAUAUUCUGGGCCAGCCAGUUAUUGUCCUCAACUCAGUUCGCGCCGCUGUUGAUCUGCUUGAUAAGCGAGGCGCCAAUUAUUGCGAUCGACCUCGCUUCGUGCUGUUCGAGGUCAUGGGAUGGGGAAAGACGCUCACCUUUUUGCGAUGGGGGCCGGCUUUCCGCAUGCAUCGCAAGAUCCUGCAGAAGAGCUUUCAGAAGAGCAAUAUCACCCAAUACCGGCCGCUCCAAGAGAGAGAGACGGCCAUUAUGCUCCAAGGCAUUGUGGAAAGGCCUGCCGAGUGGGAAACCAUUAUGCGGCGGUUUGCCACAGCUAUUGUUCUAGGAAUCGGGUUCGGCAUCAAGAUCGAGAAUGACGCCAAUCCGUUUAUCCAAAUGGCCACUGACGCGAGCUAUGCGCUUGGUCAUGGUGGUGCGCCAGCGGGAACACCUGUCGACUUUUUCCCUUUCUUAAAGUCACUUCCGACUUGGUUCCACGAUAGGUCCUUGAAGUUUGCUCGGGACUGGAAAUUUGCCAUCUUGAAUAUUCACGACAAGCCAUAUGAAGCUGUCAUUGCUUCCGACGAGAAGCCUCAUUGCCUUAUUAAUACUCUGCUCGACCAACGCCAAGACCAGAUGGAGAAGGGCGUCUCACCCGACCUGUCGGUUGAUGACAUCAAGGGUGCGGCCGGCGCAGUGUAUGCUGCUGGGCAAGACACCACAUGGAGCACUCUUGUAGUCUUUGUCCUGAACAUGACGUUGCAUCCUGAUGUUCAGGCCAAGGCACAGGCUAUUCUCGACGAAGUCAUCGGUCGAGACCGGCUCCCGACCUUUGAAGACCGCCCCAAGCUUCGAUACAUCGACUACAUCGUUCAAGAAACACUACGCUGGUGUCCUGUAUCUCCAGUCGGAGUUCCUCAUCGCUCAUUACAAGAUGACGUCUAUAACGGUUACUUCAUUCCCGCAGGCUCCGUUGUCUACGCCAAUGCCCGAGCAAUGACCCGGGAUGAGCGCGUCUACAGCGAUCCCGAAGGCUUCAACCCAGAUAGAUAUAUCCCAGUUGAAGAAGGUGGAAAGGGCGAGCCGUUGCCCAAUGGUCAGUUUGGAUUCGGGCGACGAGUCUGCGUUGGCAAGCAUCUGGCAGAGGCUAGCGUCUGGAUUGUCAUAGCAGCCAUGUUGAGCACUAUGAAGAUUGAAAAGGCAAGGGAUGUCCAGGGAAAUGAAAUCAUACCAAAAGUCGAGUUGACGAAUGGGCUGACAAGUCACCCGAAACAAUUCCCAUGCAAAAUGGGACCCAGGGAUGGAAAAGGCGUGGAGGUUAUUAUGAAGGCUGAAAUUCAGUGA